UUCAUCUUUUUGUCCAUAUUUUCAUCCCCAAAAUUCAAAAUUUCACGAUUCCAAGCACCAUGGAUAGUAUGAUGGUGUUUUGUUCAAAACCCCAUUACUUUCAUCAUUUCCAAAUAAAUAUUCAAAAAUCACCUCUUUCUUUCUUUAAAUCCAAAACCCUUGUUAACUUUAAUAGCUCAAAAUCAUCUUUGUUUGCCUCCAAAAAAACAACAAGUGUUGUUGUUUCAAAUCUUGAUUCCAGAGUUAAUGGUGCUCUUUCAUCUGACCCAGAUUCUAGUUUUCUUGAUAGACAAAAAGCAUUGGAAGCUGCAAUGAAUGAUAUUAACAACUCAUUUGGUAAAGGAAGUGUGACAAGGCUCGGAAGUCUCGGUGGAGCUCUUGUUGAAACAUUCCCAAGCGGUUGUCUCCCCUUAGACCUUGCAUUAGGUGGUGGCCUGCCUAAAGGGAGAAUCGUAGAGAUUUAUGGACCAGAAAGUAGUGGAAAGACCACCUUGGCACUACAUGCCAUUGCAGAAGUUCAGAAGCUAGGAGGAAAUGCAAUGCUUGUUGAUGCAGAGCAUGCUUUUGAUCCAUCAUAUUCUAAAGCAUUAGGAGUGGAUGUGGAGAAUUUGAUUGUUUGCCAACCCGAUAAUGGAGAAAUGGCACUUGAGAUUGCAGAUCGUAUGUGUAGAUCAGGUGCGGUUGAUCUCAUCUGCAUUGACUCUGUCUCAGCUCUUACCCCACGAGCUGAGAUUGAAGGUGAAAUUGGAAUGCAACAAAUGGGUUUGCAAGCACGUCUUAUGAGUCAAGCAUUGCGUAAGAUGUCAGGCAAUGCAUCUAAAGCUGGCUGUACUCUUAUCUUUCUAAAUCAAAUAAGAUACAAGAUAGGAGUAUAUUAUGGAAAUCCAGAAGUUACAAGCGGAGGUAUUGCCUUAAAAUUUUUUGCAUCUGUUCGACUUGAAAUACGGCCUAUUGGGAAGAUAAAGUCGGUCAAAGGGGACGAGGAUAUCGGACUUAAAGUUCGAGUAAGAGUUCAAAAGAGUAAGGUUUCUAGACCAUACAAACAAGCAGAGUUUGAAAUCAUAUUUGGAGAGGGAGCAAGCAAAUUGGGAUGUGUAUUGGAUUGUGCUGAAAUGAUGGACAUUGUGUUGAAGAAGGGCUCUUGGUAUAGCUAUCGAGAUCAAAGGUUGGGGCAAGGAAGAGACAGAGCAUUGCAAUACUUGAGAGAAAACCUUCCCCUUUGUGACGAAAUAGAAAAGCUUGUCAGGUCGGCAAUGAUGGAUGGAACUGGGCAAGCAGUUGCUUCUUACGCUCGACAGUCAACACCACUAAAUGAAGAGGAUGAGUUACUUGAAGAACUUCAAUGACAUCUUAAUGGAAUAUUUGCUAAUCGGUUUCCCAUACAACCCUUGGGGAGUUUGAACGUCCGUUCAAAUUUUGCUUUUAGUAUUUAAAUUUUCUGGAAGGCUGUAAACGUGUAAAAAACUGUAGAAACUUGUGCAGGACAUUUUGUAACCCUUUGUUCUCAUUAAAAGCUUACAUGUGCUCGAUAUUAUUAAUUUAUUAGAGAGAAUGCGGGUUGCCUACUAA